AUGGCUCGUCAGCAGCGCAAAAAACUACGUUCACACGGCGUUGCAGCUCGCUCAAAAGCUGCUUCUACGAAAAAGAAUGAACCGGAACAGAUUGAUGCAUUAGGCACCGCGGCCGUCGCUGCCACCUUUGGUGAAGAUGCAGCUACGUUUGUCGAUGAAGAAGCUGACGAUGAGCCUGCAGAUACGCAAAGUUUAAGUCGAGGGCAGCGCAAACGGUUAAAGCGACGCACUGCUUUUAUGCGCAAGAUGGGCAUUGUCUCGCGUGUGGCUCAGGAGCAGCAGAGACAAGCGAAAAAGGAUGAAAAUGGUGUGUUUACCGACUUAAACGAGUUGGAAAGCUCGUUAUUUCAGAUUGAUGGUAAGAAGCAAAUGAAAGCUGCCAAGAAAAAGCCACUUAGUGGCCGUCAACGUCAAAAACUAGCAGUACGCGAGUUGGGUCAAUUAAAGGCCGUUCAGACCCAUUCAAGCUUCAAGAGCGACCCAUUCGCCGCUAUCCAAGCCCAUCUGCAGAAUACUGUAGUACAGGCAAAUCAAGAGCUACUACAGAAGACUAUGAAAAAGAAGAACACUCAAAAGAUGGAUAUUGAAAGCUAA